UAUUGAUAUAUUUUUAAAGCAUGUUUGGAGGAAGAUUGCAUUGAUUUCCAAGGAAACGUUGUCAAUCAUGGCAUGUUAUAUGUGCCGGGACCAGGCGUUUGCAGUUUGUGUGUUUGCUAUCACUCUGAACCACUGUGGUGCAAGGCUAUUUAUUGUGAUCCGCCUUAUUUUUGUAAGAACUUUAGAGUUGGCGAAAGAUGCUGUGAAUUUGAAUGCCUUGAUCCACCUGGUAAGGACAACUUGUAUCAGGAGCGUAUGCGGAAAAGAGCACAAAUAUUAUCUGGAAAUAAUACAGGUUCAGUCAUGUUACCUCCAAUUGCUAUUUCUACACUAAUGAUAACCGCUAUUGGUAACACAAUCCUUAAUUUAUAACUUCAGCCAAAAUCUGAAUAUAAAUUUUUUAAUAUGUAGUACAAUAAAUAUGUUUAUGCACUAUUAAAAUCAAGCAAAAUUAAAUCUACGAUAAACAAAUCUCAGAUUUCAACAUAAAUUUUGUAAUUUAUAUGCUACUAAAGGCUUAUGCGA